AUGGCGACAUUACCAAAGACUCGAGUCACUUUAUCUCCACCAUUUGCAAGAUCUGGCUUAGACUAUUGCGGUCCAUUCAACAUACGAAUUGGCUCCAAGGCUGUACAAACUGUACGGAGGGCUUACGUGGCAAUCUUUGGGUGCAUGGUGACCAAGACAGUGCACAUCGAAUUGGCUGAAGAUCUCACUUCUGAGGCAUUCAUAAACGCAUACACCUGUUUCGUAAACCGGCGUGGUCCAUGUAACCACUUAUACAGUGACAAUGGCACUACAUUCAUUGCCGCAGAUUGUUUAAUGGCUGCUGACUUACAGGUUUGGCAUAAUGAAUAUUCUCAACAGCAAUUGACCAAUCGAGGCACAAAAUGGCAUUUUCUACCACCUGGCGCACCACAUCAAGGCGGUCUAUGGGAAACUGCCGUUAAGUCAGCAAAGAAAUACUUAUCACGCAUUGUUGGCACUCAUUCAAUUUACUAUGAUCAGCUACAUACUCUACUUGUGCACGUCGAGGCUUCCUUGAGCUCACGUCCGCUCAUACCAUUGCAUGACACUUGUGACGAUAAGAUGGCUCUAUCACCUGCAGAUUUCCUAAUCGGAAGAUCUCUACUGGUAGUACCAGAUGAACCUAUUGGCAAGGUACCUAGCAACAAAUUGUCAUACUGGCGACAAUGCAGCAGCAUUUUUGGCGACAAUGGCACGAUGAACAUCUUUCAACUUUGCAACCACGUUCCAAAUGGCAUCAGAAUGGUUAUCACAUCAACAUAG